CUAUAUAAACAUACAGGUUAUCAUUCUUUAUCAUUCCAAUAUCAAACUCUAGCCCUACCACUAUCUCAUGGUGGGGCAUUGUUUACUCUAACCCUACCAGUAUCUCAUGGUGGGGCAUUGUUUACACUAGCCCUAUCAGUAUCUCAUGGUGGGUCAUUGUUUACUCUAGCCCUACCACUAUCUCAUGGUGGGUCAUUGUUUACUCUAGCCCUACCAGUAUCUCAUGGUGGGGCAUUGUUUACUCUAGCCCUACCACUAUCUCAUGGUGGGGCAUUGUUUACUCUAGCCCUACCACUAUCUCAUGGUGGGGCAUUGUUUACACUAGCUCUACCACUAUCUCAUGGUGGGUCAUUGUUUACUCUAGCCCUACCACCAUCUCAUGGUGGGUCAUUUUUUAAUCCAGCCCUACCAUUAUCUGAUUGUGGGUCAUUAUUUUAUUGA